CUCUCUCUCUCACAAACUUAUGGCAUUGAUGUUGCUAGUCUAAAUUAGCAUGGAAAGCUUGAGUGGAACAGCUUGCGCCAUGUAACAAUCUCCAGUUUCUACAUUGAGUGGUUACAUUCUUGAUUGCUGCAUGAAGCUUACGUGUCUAAGUAAAGGUGGAGGCUAUCAUUGCCCGCCCUGCCACAUAGUUAGUGUAGGCGGGUUACAGUUCUUACUUGAUUGCCCACUGGACCUUUCAGCUCUCACGAUUUUCUCUCCGAUUCCCACUGGUUCUAAUGCUGUGCUCGAUGAGGAUUCUGAUUGUUCACCUCGUACGUCUUUGGAUACCGAAGAUGGUCGAAAGAGGCAGAAGAUGGAUAAAACCCUCGAUUCAGACGAUUUGAUAUGCUCUGAGCCUUGUUACAAAACUGUAACAAACUUACAUCUUUGGGAUCUCUCUUUCAUUGAUGUUGUCUUGAUCUCAACUCCUAUGGGUAUGCUUGGAUUACCGUUUCUAACGCGCACUAAAGGUUUUUCCGCUAAGAUAUAUGCCACUGAUGCAGCAGCAAGACUUGGGCAGCUAAUGAUGGAGGAUCUUAUAUUGAUGAAUGUGGAUUUUAGGCAGUUUUAUGGACCUGAGGAAUCUAGUUUUCCUAAGUGGAUGAAGUGGGAAGAGCUUGAAGUGCUUCCAUCAGCGUUGAAAGAGAUAGCUGUUGGUAAAGACGGAUCGGAGAUCGCUGGUUGGAUGCCUUUGUAUAGUGCAGCUGAUAUGAAGGAUUGCAUGCAGAAAGUUCAGACUCUUAAAUAUGCUGAAGAAACCUGCUACAAUGGUGCAUUUAUCUUGAAAGCAUUCAGCUCUGGUCUUGAAAUUGGCUCAUGUAAUUGGACUAUACGGGGUCCAAAAAAUAGUGUUGUGUGUCUUUCCAGUUCCAUCUUUGUUACUUCUCAUGCAAUGAACUUCGACUACCAUGCUCUUCAAGGAUAUGAUCUGAUUUUAUUUUCUGACUUCUCACUUGAUGUCUACGAAGAUACUGAGAAUGGUGUUAUGACUGCUGCGAACAAUUUAUCAUCUAUCAGUGAUGGCAGUGAUACCCAACAUAUGACUACCGAGUCGUUGCUCAACACAGAUGAUAGUUUCGAAGAGAUGGAGAAAUUAGCUUUUAUAUCCUCCUGCAUCAUAGAUUCUGUGAAGGUUGGAGGUUCGGUCCUUGUUCCCAUUGGACGACUGGGCAUUGUACUGCAGCUUUUGGAAUGCAUUUCCUGUGCCUUAGAGUCAUUAAAUCUGAAGGUCCCCAUAUUCGUUAUCUCCUCUGUAGCAGAAGAAUUAUUGGCAUUCUCCAAUGUCAUACCGGAGUGGUUGUGUAAGCAGCGGCAAGAAAAGCUGUACUCUGGCGAACCAUUGUUUGGACAUGUAGACCUGAUUAAAGGAAAGAAGCUUCAUUUGUUUCCUGCACUUCAUUCCGAGACAUUACUAAAAAUCUGGCAGGAACCAUGCAUUGUAUUCUCUUCUCACUGGAGUCUGCGGCUUGGACCUUGUGUUCACUUGCUUCGCCGUUGGUGUGGGGAUCCAAAUUCUUUGCUUGUCAUGGAGAAAGGGGUUGAUGCUGAUUUGGCUCUGUUACCUUUCAAGCCAAUGGCCAUGAAAAUCCUUCAGUGUUCAUUUCUUUCAGGAAUGAAGCUGGAGAAAGUUCAACCUUUGCUGAAGAUGCUGCACCCAAAAGUUGUUUUGUUCCCUGAAAAUUUGAGGCAGCAUUUUGGUGGUUCAAGUACAAGUUCAAUCUCAUUUAUUCAGUACUCUGAAAAUGAAACACUGCGAAUUCCAAGGUUGAAUCUCACCCCAGAGCUGGACAUUUCAACAGAUUUGGCUUCCCAGCUCAACUGGACAAAGUUGACUGAUGAAAACAUCCAUAUAGCCAGACUGAAGGGAGAGCUCUCUGUGGAGAAUGGAAUAAAUCGGUUACUCCCUGGAAAUGAGCAAAUAGUCUCUUCGCAGAGUGGGCUAUUGAUGCACUGGGGUUCGGUUAAUUUGCAAAGUCUUGUGGCAUCAUUGCAGAAGAUGGGAAUCAAUGCGCGAGUUGAAGAGGAAACAAAUGGUACCGAAACAGAAUAUGGUGUACAUGUUGUUGGCCCAAACAGGGCACUGAUCAAUAUCAAUGCUACAAGAACUGUUAUUAGCACCGGUGAUGAGAAAUUGGCCUCCCUCAUUUUUGAAGCCAUCACUAACAGUUUGGAUAGCAUAUAAUAGAAGGGAUAGUCUUGUGUUAGUGUAUAUAUUUUUUCUGUUGUAUCCCGAUUCGGGACAAAUAUUGUGAAAUAGUUUGAAAUGUGUUUUCUUCAAACUA